AUGAGCUUCGGAUCGGAGCACUACUUGUGCUCCGCCUCCUCCUACCGCAAGGUGUUCGGGGACGGCCCGCGCCUGUCCACGCGCCUCUCCGGGCCGGGAGGCUCCGGCAGCUUCCGCUCGCAGUCGCUGUCCCGCAGCAAUGUGGCCUCCACGGCUGCCUGCUCCUCGGCCUCGUCUCUCGGCCUGGGCCUGGCCUACCGCCGGCUGCCCGCGUCCGACGGGCUGGACCUGAGCCAAGCGGCGGCGCGCACCAACGAGUACAAGAUCAUCCGCACGAACGAGAAGGAGCAGCUGCAGGGCCUCAACGACCGCUUCGCCGUGUUCAUCGAGAAGGUGCACCAGCUGGAGACGCAGAACCGCGCGCUCGAGGCCGAGCUGGCGGCGCUGCGACAGCGCCACGCCGAGCCGUCGCGCGUCGGCGAGCUCUUCCAGCGCGAGCUGCGCGAGCUGCGCGCGCAGCUGGAGGAGGCGAGCUCGGCGCGCGCGCAGGCCCUGCUGGAGCGGGACGGGCUGGCCGAGGAGGUGCAGCGGCUGCGGGCGCGCUGCGAGGAGGAGAGCCGCGGGCGCGAGGGCGCCGAGCGCGCCCUGAAGGCGCAGCAGCGCGACGUGGACGGCGCCACCCUGGCCCGCCUGGACCUGGAGAAGAAGGUGGAGUCGCUGCUCGACGAGCUGGCCUUCGUGCGUCAGGUGCACGACGAAGAGGUGGCUGAGCUCCUGGCCACUCUGCAGGCGUCUUCGCAGGCCGCCGCCGAGGUGGAUGUGACUGUGGCGAAGCCGGAUCUGAGUUCGGCGCUCCGGGAGAUCCGCGCCCAGUAUGAGUCUCUGGCCGCUAAGAACCUGCAGUCGGCCGAGGAGUGGUACAAGUCCAAGUUCGCCAACCUGAACGAGCAGGCGGCGCGCAGCACCGAAGCCAUCCGAGCCAGCCGAGAGGAGAUCCACGAGUACCGGCGCCAGCUCCAGGCCCGUACCAUUGAGAUAGAGGGCCUGCGCGGGGCCAAUGAGUCCCUGGAGAGGCAGAUCUUGGAACUGGAGGAACGGCACAGCGCUGAGGUGGCCGGCUACCAGGACAGCAUUGGGCAGCUGGAGAAUGACCUAAGGAACACCAAGAGCGAGAUGGCACGCCACCUGCGGGAAUACCAGGACUUGCUCAAUGUCAAAAUGGCCCUUGACAUUGAGAUAGCAGCUUACAGGAAACUGCUGGAAGGCGAAGAAACACGAUUUAGCACCAGUGGGUUAAGCAUUUCCGGGCUGAACCCGCUUCCCAAUCCAAGUUAUCUGCUUCCUCCUAGAAUCCUUAGUUCUGCAACCCCCAAAGCCUCAUCCACUGUGCUGUCACUUAAAAAGGAGGAGGAGGCAGAGGAGGAAGGGGCUCCUAAGGACGCCUCUAAGAAAGCAUCCAAGAUAGGGGAAAGUUUUGAAGAAACGUUGGAGGAAACAGUAAUAUCUACAAAGAAAACCGAGAAGUCAAAUAUAGAAGAAACUACCAUUUCAAGCCAAAAAAUUUAAUUCCAUUGCUUUAAAAAAA